AUAGCUAACAUUUUAAUUAGAUUUCAUGUCAUUUACCGUCUGAGUUUGCUUGUUGGCCUGUUUAUUGUCACGGUUUGUUUCCCGCAGGACCGGCUCUCCAAAUGACGUCUCUGAUUUGCACUUUACAAGACCAUCGAGACGAUGUCAACUGGUGUGCCUUCUCUGGCAAACUGUUUGCCACAUGUUCUGGGGACAAAACUCUCCGGAUAUACAACACCUGUGACUUCUCGGAGCUUCCCUUUUCACCGCUGUCAGGACAUGGCUACGGCGUCCACUGCUGCUGCUUCAGCACCUGCGGACAGUUCCUCGUCUCAUGUUCGACUGACGCAACCACGAUGGUUUGGUCCACGGUCACGGGUGAGAUUGAGGCCGUCCUGGAGCAUCCUGGUCGUAGUCCUGUGAGGAUCUGUGCGCUCUCUCCUGACUCUGCUCACCUGGUUUCUGGUGCAUCUGAUGGCACUUUGGCUCUGUGGGAUUUCCCCUCCAAACAGCUGCACAGGACUGGAGCAGUGUCUGACACGACAAUGGUAGCCUGCUCCUUCAGCCCCUGCAGUCAGGUGUUUAUGAGUGGCUCCAGCUACGGGGACCUGCGGCUGUGGGACCUGGACAUGAACCAGCUCCUUGCAGAAAAAAAUGCCCACGACCUGGGGGUCACCUGCUGCAUCUUUGCUCCCAACAUCCUCAGUGGCCUUUACUUGACGGGACAGCUUAAGACAGCAAAGGGGAGAGAGAAGGGCAACGACAUGCAGCAAAGGGCCGCAGGUGGUCAAGUCGUGCAGUUUCGUUUGGCGUCCUGUGGACAAGACAGUCACCUGAAGAUCUGGGCCAUCAACAAGUUCAGCUCAGGAGGCUAUAAGAUGCAGCUCCUUCACACAUUAACGGGCCAGUCGGCUCCGGUCCUCUGCUGUGCGUACUCCUCAGAUGGGCAGCUGCUUGUGUCUGGCUCUGUGGACAAAACUGUCACAGUCUAUGAUGCUAAUAAUGCAGUUUUGCUUUACACACUGAACCAGCACGAGAGGUACGUGACGGCAUGUUCCUUCUCUCCAACUUUACCUCUAAUUGCUACAGGAUCUAUGGAUAAGACUGUAAACAUCUGGAGGCUGGAGGACGGAUGCAAUGACCAUGGCGGGAAGUCGUUGCCUGAGCAGUCUGCGCUGACAUCAAGUGAAGGGAGAACCUCAGCGGGCCGAUCCAAGCUGCUGGUCAGCGAUUGGUCGGAGGGGGAUGUGUCAGCGUGGCUGGUGGACGAAAGCCUCGAGGGAUUGGUGGACAAAUUCAGGGCCAACAACAUAGAUGGGACAGAGCUGCUCAGUCUCACCAAGGAAACACUGGCGUCAGAGCUGCACAUAGAGUCAGUAGGCCUGCGCAGUAAAAUCCUGAGGAAGGUGGAGGAGCUGAAGAGUGAUUCAGUAUGUUCAGGCAUUCCUGAUGAGUUCCUGUGUCCAAUCACCAGGGAGCUGAUGAGGGAACCAGUCAUUGCUGCCGAUGGAUACUCGUAUGAAAGAGAGGCCAUCGAUAGCUGGAUCAACAAUAAGAACCGCUCCAGCCCCAUGACCAACCUCCCCUUACUGACAACUCUGCUCACCCCUAAUCACACCCUGAAGAUGGCUAUUGGCCGCUGGAAGACCAGCCACUAGCAUCUGAAAGACCUUUGACACACCCACAUAUUUCCUCCAAAGUAGACAGAAUCCACAGUAUUUGAGGUACAGGGGCAUCUGAUUUUGUUCCAUUUGAGGCAUCUGGACACUGUGGGAGUUUCUUUGUUGCAUUAAUUUAUAAAGUUGAGAUUUGGCAUCUUAAGCUACAAAGAGAGUGAAUAUUGGACUUAGAUUAGCUGUGUGGCCACAAACACAACUCCAAAUUAAUCAUCAUGUUGCUCCGUAACUGCUGGAUGUGUAAAUAAGCAACUGCAAGCCAACAAGUUGCCCAUAUCAACUUACAAGGUAAUGUUCAUGUUGGGUUCACAGCUUGAUUGCAGCGUUGAUCUCUUUGCAUUGCUAAAAGUUAGACAUUCUUCACCAGUCACACAAGUGGUUUCUUUUGGCUGAUAAUGGCCAGUUUUCUGGUUUGUUAAUAAUAAUAAAAAAGUGAGUUCUGCAUUCGUGCUGUAAAGAAACCACAUAACCAUAAAAAAUAAUACAAAAUGUCAACAACACUGUAGGCUCCUAAUUUUAAAAACAAGUCAUAAAGUGUACAUGAAUAACACUAAAACCUUACCUUACACAGGUUGCUAUUUUGCUCAUGUAUUAUCUUAAAAUUAGUUGCAUGGGGUGAACUCUAGCUCACCCAGUAAGUGCGUGCACCCCAUGUAGGAGGAGUCCUUUGCAGCGGCCCGGGUUCAAAUCCGACCUGCGGCACUUUGCUGUCUAUCGACAGUCACUAUCGAAAAGGGAAAAAACGCCAAAAACGAGUUGUAUUUAUAACAUAUGUAUUAAUAAAGAUUCUUAUGAAAAGCUAAACAAAUGGCUUUAUAAGGACACAAAUUGGGAGGCCUUUAGUAUUGUGUGCAUUUUACAUUAAUUAUGACUUUUUAUUGACUGAAUACCCAGAAAACUGAAAAUUGAGCUGUGAGUGUCUGAAGCUACCAACAGCCCCUUCACGUUAAGGAGAGUCUAUUGAUUCAAUGUUAAUGUUAGAAAUAUUGCUGGACCGGGCUUUGAAUGAACAUAAUAAAGUUGGUUAUCUUACUAAAAAUAAUAUCUGCAGGUAAGCAUUAUAUAUAUAUAUGCGUUUUUUUUUGCUUGUGUGCAGGACUUUGCUUAUUACAAACCCUAUCAGAAUAGUGAUUGACCAAAGUAGUUUAGGGUUUACUUCCCUUUGCAAGCUUACAUGCAGCAUUUGAUGACAGUAAUGAAGACUUUUCCACAAUAUUAAGAAAUGGCACUGUCCACAUUUUUAUACAAGUACUUUAUUUUGAUGGCGUGGUUAAAUGUCAGUUUAGAGUUAGGUUGUACUGUGAAUCCUUUUAUCCAUCCAUACACAGUUUAGGCAACAUUUUAUGGAUUAUACAGUGAAAGAAGUAGAUGUAGAAAUGUGGUAUCCAUUAAUAUUUUAUUAUACCACAAUAAUAAUGUGGCAACAUUCUGUAAUCUGUAGUAUGACUCUGAAAAGGGUAUAUGACAACUAUGGACAUACAGCAAAGUAUGAAUUCUCUUAAGAUUUUCUAUCCUCGACUGCUGCUUGUAUAAAUGCUCUCUCUCUCUCUCUGUCUCUCUCUCACUCUCCAAAUAAACCAGUAAACAUUUCAUAUGAAUAUGUUCUCUGCUAUGCAAAAAUAAAUAGCAUAUACUGUAAGUAUUGAAGCAAUCAAUUCAAUAUUAGAUUAUGAUAAGAAGUUUUCCAACAAUGUCAUGUACAGCUCCUUUUUUAAUCAAACUGUACCAAGAAAAAGAAUCUCAAGCACACAAAGUAAUUUCUUUUGAAGCCUGUAAUGCGGACAGAUAACCACUUAGAGGGAAAUAUAUAAUCUGCAAAUAUAGUGUACACCGUACAAAUAUAAAUGUUUUUUAAAAGACACUUGACAAUAGAAAUGGUCAUAUCCAGCAACUAAUAGCAUGAGGUUUUUUUAUAUUUGUGCACAAAGCUUUCUCUGAUUUCUAUAUUUGUUAUAAUAAAUUAAAAGUUGAGACAA